AUGGAAUAAAAAAUAAAAAGAAAAAAAAGAUACAAGCUUUUCCUUUCUUGUGCGGAAUGCAGACCCAUCUACUAUUGCGGGAACAUCCGAGAGCGCUGGCUCUCCGUCCCACUGUACUCGAAGAAGCACCUUCAGGUGUCUUGGUCUUUGAGCAACAUACAUCGUCUUCCGGUCGUACCGACAGAGCUGUGGUUGAACUGCUGGCACCGUCCGACUUUGAGGAUUCUCAAUGGCGCAUACUUCACGCUCGUCCCGUGUUUGGCUGUUUAGGCCUCAUUAAUAUACAAGGAGAAUGCUUCGUCGCUAUUGUGACUGAUUGUGUAUCCGUCGGAAGAAUACGCGCUGGCGAAGAAGUCUACAAGAUUCAAGCCGUCUCAUUCAUCUCACUCUCGUCUUCCAACUAUGACGAUAUUGACUUUGCUGUCAAAGACACUCCCGAUUCAGACGACUGGGACCAAUCCAAUCCGCCGUUGGUGAUGCAGCAUCCCUGUGCGCAACUCCACAAACUAUUCUCGGUGGGCAGUUUUUACUUCACCCCCGACUUUGAUCUGACAAAGACCGUUCAAGCAAGAACGAUGGAGGGAUCGAAAGGCACGCAUUCAUUUGAUGAUCAUUUUCUGUGGAAUCAAUUUCUGAUAUCCGGAUUAUUGGAGUUUCAAUCAAAGAUGAGUCCCAAGAAACAACGAGAUCUUGAGCGAGGCGGGUUCUUGGUUUUCGCUAUAAGGGGUUAUGUGGAUGUCACCAGUAUCACCACGGAUAACGAACGCUACGAUCUGUCUGUCAUCUCCAAGCUCAGUUGCAAGCGAGCAGGCACACGGUUCAAUUCGAGAGGCAUCGACGACAAUGGCCAUGUUGCUAAUUUUGUCGAGACAGAAGUUGUGCUGUAUUCCGAACGAAUAUGCUACGCUUUUACUCAAUUGAGAGGCAGCGUUCCUGUUUUCUGGGAACAACAGGGCAUGCAACUUGUCAACCACAAAAUUCAAAUAUCACGAGGCGCUGGCGCAACACAACCUGCUGUGAAAAGACAUUUUAAUGAAUUGCUUGACCGUUACAAUAGAGUAUGUAACGUGAAUUUGUUGGCUGAAAAGGAGAACACGGGGGAAUCAUUGCUGGGCAAUGCCUAUAAUGCUGCUGUCAAACAACUUCAGUUGCCAACAGAAAAAGUGCGGAUGGUCAACUUUGAUCUGCACGCCGAAUGCCGUGGCGGAAAUUACGACAAUGUCUCCUUAUUGAUGCGCUCUAUUCGCGAUAAUCUCGAUGAUUACGGCUAUUUCCUCAUGGAUUCCGACGAUAACCACAUCAUCUGCAAACAAAAGGGCAUCUUUCGUACCAAUUGCAUGGAUUGUCUCGAUCGCACCAAUCUCGUCCAGAGUGAACUGUCCAAGGCCGCCCUUCUAUCGUUUCUUCGAAACCGAUUCACGGACCAUCGUCGCAGUUACUACCUCGAUACGAUCUUAGCUCGUCAUGCACAUUUGUGGGCCGAGAAUGGCGACGGAUUAUCCAAGAUUUAUGCAGGCACAGGAGCCCUGAAAUCCGCCUUCACUCGUACCGGCAAAGUGACAUUCAUGAAUGUUUUAAGUGAUGCCACGCGCUCGGUCAAUCGAUUUUACAUCAACAAUUUUCAGGAUAAAGCGAGACAAGAAGUCAUUGACCAGUUAUUGGGAAAAUUGGCGGGACAAAAAGGAAUCAUUAUCCAUGAUCCAAUCAGCGACUCUGUCUCUCAUCUCAUGCUCAAAAGAUUGAAGGAUUAUUCCUCGAGUCGCAGCAUCACCAUUUUCUGUGGCACUUAUAAUCUGAACGGUAAAUCAUACAAAGGAGAAUCUUUGGAACCAUGGUUAUUGCAACACUUUAAAUGGAACCAUGAAGAACCCGAUAUCUAUGUGAUUGGUUUCCAAGAAAUUGUCGAGUUGUCUCCGCAACAGGUCAUGGCUACCGAUGCUGAAAAACGAAAAAUAUGGGAAGUGCAAAUUGAACAGACCUUGAAUUCGCGCCCUGGAGGAAAAUCAACAUAUGUGUUAUUACGCUCCAAUCAGCUUGUUGGCGCUGCACUCAUUGUGUUUGUCAAGGCAGAUAUCGUUGAAAACAUUAGAAACGUAGAAUCAGCAAUUAAAAAGACGGGCAUUAUGGGUAUUGCAGGAAAUAAGGGUGCUGUAGCCAUUCGUAUGGAGUACGGUGAUACCAGCUUUUGUUUUCUCGCUGCCCACUUUGCUUCAGGUCAUUCUAAUUACGAAGACCGCAAUGCCGAUUUUCACACAAUUAAUCAGGGCUUGCUAUUCCUUCGAGGACGUACCAUUGACAGUCAUGACAACAUCGUUUGGGUUAGUGACUUUAAUUACCGAGUCUCUCUACCCAAUGAAGAAGCACGCGAAUACUGUCGUCAAGAGAACAUUGACGCCCUGCUCAAUGCUGAUCAGCUUAUUCGAGAAAUGCGGCAUAAUCGAGUAUUUCCUGGUUACCAAGAAGGUCAGAUCACCUUCAUGCCCACUUAUAAAUAUGACAACGGAACCAGUACCUAUGAUACAAGCGAAAAACAACGCGUUCCCGGCUGGACAGAUCGUAUCGUUUACAAAGGAAAAUCGCUUCGACAGAUACAAUACGAUCGCGCAGAGCUGUUCACGUCUGAUCAUCGUCCUGUUCUGGCCUUGUUUGAAGCAGAUAUUGUUACGUUGGAUCCAAUAGCCAAGGCCAAAUUAGAAAAGGAGCUGUAUAAGCAAAGUGCCGGCGACAUGAAUGGCAAGGCGAUCACGGCAUCUCCAGCCGCGAUUUCCUCUUCCCCUCCCAUCCUUCCCAAACGUAAACCUGCACCACCGCCCCCGAAACGACGACCUUCGGAAAUUCCUGUGGAUAAUUUACUCGAUAUUUCCUUUGACAGCCCAUCUGAAAAUCAAGCAUCCAAAUCUUCCUCAGCUACAUUUGCGCAUGGAAAUUGGUGGGACGAUGGCUCUGAAUUACCUAAAGCAGACCGUCGUCGUAUUUGUCAAGAUAACCCAUUUGAGCGUGGUUUAGGAUUAGACACUUCUGCUGGAACCGAACGAGGACUGUCUGUAGGGACGCCUAUGGCGGAUAAUUCUUGGAUUCCUAUCAGUCCUGUUCCUGUUGAUAGUCCCAACAGCAAGCCAAAGGUCUCCCCUGGAUCGGUCCAUAAAGCGAAUGACCAUACCAAAAAGACAAGCGUAUCGACUGCCAUUGGUUUCUGGAACAAUCAAACGUCCGGUUAAUGUAUCAAACAUUCCCUUGUAUUAUUCAGUUUCUAUAUAUCAUUUCAAAAGUAAUAUCGACGUAAUUUCCAAAUGCUGCUAACGACCGGUUUCUCCUUGUAACUAUAUUAUUUUGUGUGCAGUUUUUAUUUUACACAGAUUGAUAGAUAAAUAAAAAGAAGAAAAAAA